AUGAGUGGCGCCGAUCAGCCUGCAGCUCAGCAGGCCAUUCGCGACUACUUUGAGCGCGAGUAUGCGAGCGAAGGCUGCUCCAAUUGGCACAUCUGCACCGACACCUAUGGUGCUGUGGCCACGGGAUGCAUCGAUGGCGGCAUCGUCAUGAUUAUGGGCACGGGUAGCAACUGCACCCUCAUAAACCCAGAUGGCUCCUCUGCCAACUGUGGUGGCUGGGGCCACUUUAUGGGCGACGAAGCCUCGGCUUUUGACAUUGCCCACGACACUGUCAAAAUCAUCUUUGACGCCGAAGACAAGCUGCAUGAGCCACCGGCAUCGCACGAAACGCUAAAGCAAGCCAUGUUUGAUUAUUUCAAGGUGGAUACACUGAAAGACAUGCUACCCCACUUUUAUUCAAAGUUUGUCAAGAGCGACUUUGCUCGGUUUGCCGUGACCAUGCUGACCACACGCCAUCUCACGUGGGGUGCAUCACCCGUUUGCAAACGUGUCAUGUUAGCGGCUGCCUCUGGGGACGCCCUGGCACAACAUGUUUUCAAGGAGGCUGGCCGUAAAAUGGGUGAGUGGUUCUUGUCAUGA